AUGAGCUCAGAAUUUAUAUAGGAUGGAACUCCAUUUACUAAAUUGUUUUAAAGAUUAGAAAAAAUUCAUAAAUCCCCAGUUUUUAACGCAGAAUGCGUCCACAACCAAGAUGAAAUAUAUAUAAAAGACUAGUCCCCUGAAUAAGUAUGUAAGAAAUUAGAGUUUACCCCCUGCUUAAAGUCUCCCAAUUAGUACUCUAUUUUCUCAAUAAAUUCUAGAUUCCAACCUUAUUCUCCAUUAAAUCAUUAAACAACUAAAAAGGCUAAUAUAUUUGUAAUAUCGCCAGCAAGAUAGAUAAAUUUCGAUCAUACCAAGACUGAACAACGACUCGUGAAUAUCAGCUCGCCUCUUAGUUCUCUUAAAGUUCCUGAUGAUCUAUUAUGCGAGGAAGAAGAAAUUUUAUCUGACGACUAAGAUAUUCACUCCUAAUUUAGAAGUCCCCCCAAAUCCCCUCAUAGAAAAUUGGAAAGAGCCACUAAAUUAAAAUUCAUAAAUUUCGUCACCCUCAAGAAACCUCUCAAAUUUACAAGUGAUUAAGUUAACAAUAGAAAGAGGACCAGCUCCAAAAGAAGAAAACCUUUAACAGAACAGAAACCCAAAAUUAUAGUUUGCAAUUGUAAGAAAUCCAAAUGUCUAAAAUUGUAUUGUGAUUGUUUUGCUGCUGGAGUUCCUUGUGGAAAAGAUUGUAAUUGCUGUUCUUGUCAUAAUAAUGAUGAUCACACUAAAGAAAGGGAAAACAUAAUCCAAUAGAUUAUGGAAAGGAAUCCAUAAGCAUUUCGACCAAAGGUUGAUUCUAGGAGUAAUUCUGAAGAUGAAAUUGAUCAUAAGCCUAGACAUUUUAAGGGAUGCAAUUGCAAGAAGUCCAAUUGUCUAAAAAAAUACUGUGAAUGCUAUUAAAUGGGAGUCAAAUGUUCUGAGUUAUGCAAAUGUGACGAUUGUAAAAACUGUGAAAUGCCAGUUAAAAAGGACUCAAGAAAAAGAGUCAAACAUACACAUUCAUGUUUCAAAAAUGCCGAAAUUUAUUGAUUCAUUUGCUUUUAUUUUUGUUUUUUUCAUAUAAAUUUUU